CACAGCCUCAGCAGCUCUACCAAGUAACUUCAGAGGCCAUGAGGCUGCCGUUGUUGCUGCUGUUUGGGUGCGGGGCUCUCCUGGGGAGCCUUGGGGAUAAGGCUUCGCUCUCUGCUACCGCCCCUAUGCUGGAUGAUGAAGAGAAGUACUCAUCCCACAUGCCUGCCCACCUGCGCUGCGAUGCCUGCCGGGCUGUGGCCUACCAAAUGGGCCAACAUCUGGCAAAGGCAGAGGCCAGAUCUCACGCUCCAGACUCCAGUGGACUGCAGAAGCUGAGUGAGUCGGCCUAUGUGGACGCCCUGGACCGGACCUGCUCUCAGAACUGGCAGUCCUAUGGAGUCCAAGAAGUGAACAAGGUGAAGCGUCUCAUGGGCCCAGGACUUAACAAGGGGUCGGAGCCAAGCAUAAGUGUGAUGAUUUCGGGGGGACCCUGGCCGAACAGGCUCUCCAUGACGUGUUUCCACUACCUGGGAGAAGUUGGAGAAGACCAGAUCUACGAAGCCUACCGCCGAGGCCAUGAGUCUCUGGAGGCACUGCUCUGUGGGGGCACGCAGGGGUCCUGCUCGCAGGACACCCAUGCCCAGAGAGAAGAGCUUUAGUCUGAGCUGUGAAACCUCUGAGUUGUCUCUCUCUCCUUUUUUUUUUUUUUUGGAGAUAGGCUCUCAUCAUGGAGCCCAGGCUGGCCUUGAACUUGUCCUGUGGCCUCAGCCUGGAAAGCAAAAGCGCUGCCCUGAGCCUUUGUGCCUGGCCCUUCCCUUCCUUUCAGCUGUGAUGGUGGGGGCGGUGGGGUAGAGGAGUCAGGAAGCCUGGCUCUUGCUGCCAAUCUUCUUCCUCCAGCCUUCGCUGGGGCACUGGGCUGGGUCCACCUUUCUACUUUCAAAUAAAGCUCAGUGCCCUGAA